CACUUAAAAGUCUUAAAUUUUGUCCAAAAUGGGCGGGGCGCCUUAUAAUGCGGAGCGCCGUAUGUGUGUACCGAGUUCCAAAAUCUGUAAGAAAAUCUGUAAGUGUUGCUGCGUGACUUUUAUGAGCGCUCCGCUCGACUGACUGGGAGCCUGCCGACACGCUGCUUGUAUAGAGGAAAGGAAAGGUGGACGUGACUGAGGACGCUAAAGGCACGCCCCAGUAGUUAUGUAAGUAUAUUUUUAUUAUGAAAUGGCGCCAUCUAUCUAUCCAACUAUAUCACAAACAUGGAUGACGUGCCGCUCACUUUCCACAUCCUGGUGAACCACACUGUAGAGAAGCAAUACAGCGAUACACACAACGGGGCACGAGAAGUUGGCUUUUACUGUUGUGCUUGGUUGCCAUGGUAAUGGAUAGAAACUGCUACCUGUGGUAGACGCUGACGCUGCCUAAAGAAAAGUUUCCAGCCGGACCAAAGCGGCUGGAAGGAGAAAAUGGCUGAGUGACGUGUACGGAAAGAAACAGGAUGUUUUUUUCACACGCGUCACCACAAAUGAACCUGGAGCUUAACAUCAUUCCGGGAGGCUUGACGAGGGAACUCCAACCGCUGGACAUCGGUGUAAACACGGCGUUUAAAGUUACGUUGCGAGUGCCGUGGGAGCGAUAGAUGACCGCUAACGAACACUGGAAUGCAGCGCCGUGCUAGUUUCGCCACAAUUUGUGAAUGGAUGUAAACACGGCGUUUAAAGUUACAUUGCGAGCGGCGUGGGAGCGAUGGAUGACAGCUAGCGAACACAGCUUCACUAAUGGAUUGUGGAUGCUUGGGCUAACGUGUCUGAUGCACUCUUUGAGCUUUCACAAAAGCCAGCAUCAUUUCUGAGGCGCCGCACGGCAACGAGACUGACUGACAACGACGACAGGGAACCUGGCGUGUUUGAUGGAGAACUUGCCCCGCUCUUCAUUUGGGAUAUAAAAGAUGAGGACUUUGAUGGAUUUGUGGAUGAGGAUUUAUCAAAAAUAACCUGUGUCCAACCUGGAUGUGGAGAGCAAGCUGACGUUGCAUUACCGAGCUCCCUGGCACAAGCAGAGGAACGUCUUCCGGCCCUCCACGCGGCCAGCAUGUGUAGAAGAGCUGCACAGGGAAGCCAACCUUUGGGUGCUGCACCGAGAUCAUGAGAGGAGACGAUGGUCCAGCAGGGAGGGGCAAGUCACCAUCUCCAUCUCGGCUCUGCCCCCCAUGCCCAUGUACCCAUCGACGCCCAUCGCCCGGAGGAAAGCCAAGAAGGGCGCACGCCUGACGUGGUUCCAAACCAACACCCGCUCGCCCUCCCCCACCGAAUGUUGCCACUUCUCCCCCUGGAACACAAAGGCCGCACCCUCGGACCCCGCAGACUGUGACGGGGCGUCACUGGGUCAUCGCUCCAAGCUGCCCGUCCCGAACACGCCCAGCACCCUGGACAAGCAGACCAACUGGUCCGCCGCCCUGCCCCUGCCGACACCCGAGGAGAGAAUGAAAUGCGAUUCGCGAGUGAUCAACUCUUGUGUCAUCCCCAUCAAUGUGACCGGCGUCGGCUUCGACAGAGACGCUAGUGUGCGCUGCUCGCUCGUCCACUCGCAUUCUUUGCUUCAGAGGAGGAGGAAGCUGAGGAGACGAAGGACAGUGGCCGGCGUCCCCAGACAGGUGCAACUGGAUUUAGACUCUGAUGACUCUCCGGGUUCCAGAGAGCGCACAGUGAUCGUCCACGCCACCUUGGACGUCAACCCUUUCAAUGAGGACCUGACCAGCCAUCUGGGCACCAGAGACUCGGGCUGCCAGACGGAGGACUUCCUGAUCUCAGGAGCGCCUUCUCGGAGGAGAAUCCAUGCCCAGCGUGGCCACCAGGGGGCACCGCUGUGCCUCUCUCAAUCGGCAGGCAACAUUGCCGCUCUGCGGGACAGCCGGGACAACAUGUUCGCAGCCGCCAUGGGCACCCGGCUGCGCUCCCGCAGUCUCCCCCGAGACGGGAACAGGACGAUGGAGAACGGUCACAUUGACGACGUGGAGGCGGAGCUCUCUCCUUUUAGCACAGAAGACUUCCUGCAAGAAGGCGGUGAGAUAAUCCAUAAGAAUGAGGAAGGGAGCGCUGAUGACCGAGUGGGGUCCGAGUGCCUGAAGUACAAGCCGCUGUUGGAGAUGCCAGAGCGAGGCUGGAUGGAAAGGACCAGGUCCCAGCUGCCCAGGAAGGCCGAUAUGGGCAGCUGUGACAUGUCUUCCAGCUCAGACACAUUCAGCAGCCCUGUGCACUCUGUCUCAGCCACAGGGGUCCUGGGAGGCCAGAUGGACCACAAAGACGACCACCAGUCCUCCAGUGGGAACUGGAGUGGGAGCAGCUCCACCUGCCCCUCCCAGACCUCAGAGACCCUCCCCCCGGCAGCCUCACCGCCUCUCACCGGCUCCUUGCAUGGCGACUCUGAGCUCUCCCUGAAUACCACCCCUCACGCCAAUGAGGAACACGCAAGCUUUAUGCUGGACCCCUACACCGGCCUCAGGACACAGAGAGCGGGCUCAUUCUCUUCCACAGCUAUGGACAUUUUAGAGGAAGCAGGAGUCAGCACCCCUGUGGAGGGGGAGUGGAACUACACCCACCCGGAUCCCUCUGGCCCUCAGGACUUCAGCCCUGAGCCGAGCAGGGAGACUGAGAGCAGUCUGGGCUGCCCCAGCUUCACCAGCAUGGCCACGUGCGAGAGCAGCUUCUCCGAUAAGCCGCCGUCGGAAAAAGCUGACACCGUCUCACACUAUUCUUUGGACACUGAAGGUUACUACACCUCCAUGCACUUUGACUGUGGGCUUAAAGGCAGCAGGAGCUUCACGUAUAACUAUGCAGCCUCCAGCUCCAAUGCCAGCCUGUUGGACUUCAGCCGCCCCAUGACUCUUGGAGAGUCGAGAAGACGCUGUCUCUCCUUGAGGAAAGCAAAGGCGAAGCCGUGUCCGCCCAAGCGCAGCUCAUCACUUCGGAAAAUAUGCAGUGAGGGAAACAUCCCCAUCCUGAAAGAACCAAAAAUCAGCUGUGGGCAGCAGCCUCCACUGUCCAAGGAGAAUAACCUGCAGCUGGUUUUAUCCACAUCUGCAGGUCGCAUAGGUAACUCUUCACUGGCCAAAGAGCCCCUUAGGGUCUGGGGGGUUGAGAGCUCGUCGGACCUGCCUGACCUGGGCGUGUUCAGCUCAACGGAUGCUCACUCGUUCAAAGACGAGGGUGUCGUUCAGGCCAACUAUGCAGACUUCUGGCUCCUGAACGAUUUAAAAUCCGGUGAUCCCUACCGGUCUUUGUCCAACUCCAGCACGGCUACCGGCACCACAGUCAUUGAGUGCGUCAAGGCGCAGGACAGCUCCGAGUCGCAGACCUCCCAGUCGGGCUCCAGGGCCACCACCCCCUCGCUUCCAUCCGUGGAGGGAGACUUUAAGAUGACAUCGCCAGAGAGACUGGCAGGCCUAGCGAGUCCUUCCAGUGGAUACUCCAGCCAGUCAGAGACGCCCACCUCGUCCUUCCCUGCUGCCUUCUUCCCCGGGCCACUGUCGCCAUCUAGUGGUAAAAGGAAGCCCAAAGUGCCGGAGCGGAAGUCGUCGCUCUCGUCAUCGUCUGACAGAAAUGGCGCCACAUCUAAGCGGGAUCUGGAGUUGCCGAUAAUCCCGCCCCCCCACCUGGACUUAAGUGCCUUUCACAAUGUCAGCAGCAAAACUCCAAGUCACUGGACUCAUCAGCAAAAUAAGCAAAAAGACUUGCCCAAAGCGGAAACUUUUAACAGCCCUUCCAUGAGCAUCACCCCCGCCGUGUUGCACUCAGUUCAGCUGCGAUCCGUCAGCAAGGAACAAGACGGAGGUCCGGACUACGGGCCAAAACCUGACUGUCCCACUGUAAAUUCGAGCAGCACUCCAGCCUCGUUCGAGAGUCCACACUUUGUGGGCGAGCCGGCAUUGCCUUCUAACGAGGAUCUGCGCCACAGUGGCACUUUAAAGUCUGCCAAGUCGCCCACCCCAGACGAUGAAUGGGCAGAAAUCACCCAGCUUUCCCCACCGCCACCCGGAGAAGAUCUUUGCCCUCUAAAGUCAAGUGUAGUCACUACUCUGCACCACAGUUCACCGCUGAGUCUCCACGUAGUGCCUGUUGCUGACGCCCAACUGCAGGUGCUGCAAGUGAGUCCGGACAGCGAGGAGGUGGAGUCAGCAGGUGAUGCUUCCCAAAGUGCCUCUCAGGAUGGGGCAGAAGAAGACACGACUACCGAGGAGCUCUUCAGCAAAGACUUAACGCCGAGCGACUCGUCCUCGUCCCAGCUGAGUGACGAGUGGCGGUCGGAGGACGACAGCGUCUUUCUUUCGCCCACCAAGACUCGGACCACCGAUGACCUCUUCGCUGUGAUACACAGGUCAAAGAGGAAAGUGUUGGGCAGGAAGGAUUCGUCUGAGGCAGGUGUCAGAAAUCGCCUCGGCACCUCGUCCAGCACCACACCACCAAGCAGUGCCACCAGCUCCCCGGGUCCCACGGGAUCACCCUGCAGCCUGCAAAAAGCUCCAGGCCCCAUCUACAGGAAUGCCAAGAAGUCCAGCACCUCCAACGAGGAGUUUAAAAUGCUGCUGCUCAAGAAGGGCAGCCGCUCCGAGUCCAGCUAUCGCAUGUCGGCCACCGAAAUCCUCAAGAGCCCCGUCACCCCUAAAGGUGGGGAUUGUGUGGACGAGUUGGCCUCCCCCUUGCAGACAGCGCUGGAUGUCCCAGCCACCCCGUACCCGAAAGCCAACGCUGAGGGCUUCUCACCCAGAUCCUUUUUUUCGCCGGCUUCCUCCAGGCAGGGUCGCUCCAGAAUCCCCCCGCCCGCCAACAGCAGUCGCUACGGCGCUCGCAGUCGGAUGUACUCGGUGCCCAUGCAGGCCAUCUCGGAGGGCGAGACGGAGAACUCGGACGGGAGCCCCCAUGACGAGCGCUCGUCGUCACCGGGCUCCGCGUAGGACAAACGGUACGAUGUGUUUGCGUAGUUUUUGUUGUGAAAUAAGAUGUAUUGCGUAUUCUGUGAAUACCCACCGAGUACUAGCCUUCCCUCAAACCACACCUUUUUUCUUUUUCUAUUUGGGACAAUAAGCAUUGUGGCGGCGAGUGUUUUUACGGCAGGAAGAAGAGAUGUUGAAACGAGGCAGAGAAACGUCAGUGGUUUGGUAGGUUUUUAAAUAAAAAUAAUAACAAUAAUAAUAAUAAUAAUAAAUAGUAAUGAUGAUGAUUUCUUUGGUUUGGUGUGUUUUUACGAAUUGUCAAAAAGAGGCACGUGGCAAGUCGGCGAGGCGUUGGGGAUGGAGUGUUCAUAAGUGUUUUUGUUAGAUGUUCACUAGCAAAGUGUUGUGUGGCGCCCCCUCCGGUCGGUAUGUGUAUUUAUUUAUUUUUUUAACUAUUCAAACAAUUAGGCUAUUUUUAGGUCAGAUGUAUUUUUACUAGAGAAGCUAUUUUGAGACACUGGCUGCUUUUAAAUAAGCUGCGACACAAUCGCUAAUUAGAUCAUUUUAUGCAAAUGUGGCUACACCGCCAAUCUAUUCUGUCCGCUUGGCCUUAAAGCGUCUUUCUGCUGACGUUUCUACAAGACGACUCAGCAUGAUAGCGAGCAUGCUAACAUACUAACGAUACACAACGGGAGUCUUCAUUCCAACUUUACUUCUUGGUUGUUUUUUUUUUCUUGUGUUGUCGGAAUUGACAAGGACAAAGCUCACCAUAGGGUUUUUUUUUUCUUUUUCUAUGACGCUAUGCGGUAGCAGAUGAAUUCUGGGACUUUUAAAUCCACUUUGUGUGAUCUUUUUGUACGCAUCUGGAAAGAACACGCAUUUGUUGAAUAACGAUUGCUUGUGUAAAAAAAAAGUGUUUACAUGAACUGUUGUACAUUUCAGAGCUGUGGAUCUGGUCUUGUAUUUAUUUUGUAGUAAACUUUGUGGAAAGUCAAAUCUUAUCAAAGCCAAGUGCUAGCUAGCUGGUAGCGGCACUGGCUGCUAAGCAAAAUGUGUCCACAACAACGUGAAUAAAUGUGACUGCUUGGGAAAAACGAAAGAAAGUUUUGGGUUCUUCUCAU